CUAAACAGAUCAAUAACAGUCCCGUGGUAAAUCUGUGUUAAAUGGUUAUCUGAUACAUAAAGACACACACAAACACACACAGUCAGGACAAACACAGAGCUCAUGCACACAUUCAGUUUAUCUGAGGAACAUUUCUAAGAAGUCAUGAGCACACAUGACACAAGCAACGGUGUGAUACAUCGCACAAAUCCACGAGCAUCCGGUGAAGAUCAGCAUCGCUCAGAGAACGGAUUCAUUAGACAUGAUAAUUUGACUCAUAUGAGGGAAGUGACACAGAGACGAGAUGAGAUUGAGCAGAAGAUUAAAGCAGAUGUGAUCAAACAUGUUAAAUCUCAACUCAAUGAAGUUCUGGACAAAGCGCUCACAGACUUGAUGCAAAACACCUUGAAUGAUAGAAACACUGAUGGAAAAGAAAGCUGUGACGGCAGGCACAGACUGAACCAGGAGAAGAUGUUUGUGGCCAGAUGGUCACUGCUGGAUGAAUUAUUUGAGAUCAAUCACAUUAGGACCAUCUAUCACAUGUUCAUCGCUGCUCUCUUCCUCUUCGCCUUGAGUACUUUAGCGGUGGAUUACAUUGAUCACGGCAGAUUGGUUCUGGACUUUGAUUUGUUUUUUUACGCAUUCGGGCAGUUGAAUACUGUAAUAUGGGCCUGGUUUCUCAUGUUCAGUUACACAUUGUUUGGACCGUAUCAUGUACUGAGAGUUUGGGCUGGACGGUACCAUCGCUGUGAGCACAGGACUUGUGUAACAGCAGUGUCAGCACUUAUAUUGUGUGUUACUCAGCUGAGCAUUCUGGGAAUAUUUCCAGUGUAUGUUGUGUUAAAGUACCAACUGCCUCCCGCAUCACGAUUCAUCAUCAUACUAGAACAGAUCAGAUUUGUAAUGAAGAGUUACUCAUUUAUUCGUGAGACGAUAUCACUUGUUGAUAGAAACACAUCACAGAAAGGUCAAGUGUUGCGCUAUCCGUCUCUUCACAGUUAUUUGUACUUCUUAUUUUGUCCCACAUUGAUCUAUCGGGAGGUUUAUCCACGGAACACGUGUAUCAGGUGGAACUAUGUUUGCAUGAACUUUCUAAAGGUAUUAGGCAGUGUGUUAUAUCUGAACUUCAUACUGGUGAGAUUGUGCAUCCCAGUGUUUAUGGAUAAAAGCAGUCAAGUGUUCAGUACGCGCACACUCAUAUUGGCUAUGUUUCACGCUGCUUUUCCAGGAAUGUUGAUGUUAAUAUUGGUAUUUUAUUCCUUGCUACACUGCUGGUUCAAUGCUUUCGCUGAGAUGCUGCGAUUUGCUGACCGAAUGUUCUACAAGGAUUGGUGGAAUUCAACCUCCUUCACCAAUUAUUACCGCACCUGGAACAUUGUUGUACAUGACUGGCUUUAUUAUUACGGUUAUCGUGAUUUCCUUAGGCUGUCAGGUCAGAAGUUUCGCUCGGUGGCCACACUCUCUGUAUUUGCAGUUUCAGCUGCGGUUCACGAAUACAUCUUCACUAUGUGCUUUGGUUUCUUUUAUCCGGUGUUGUUUUGCACAUUUGCUGGAAUUGGAGUGAUAUUUACAUUUACAUUGAAUGACAAGAGGACGAGUCCGGUGUGGAACAUCAUUAUGUGGAUGUGUUUGUUCAUUGGCCAGGGCAUUCAUGUGUGCCUGUACUCCCUGGAGUGGGCCGCCCAGAUUCACUGCCCACGUACCGGGACAAGCUUCUGGGAGUUGGUGACUCCACGAUCAUGGACGUGUAGCUAUCAAUGACAACAACACAACACAAAAGUGAACUGAACUUGCGGCUCAAUAACAAACAUCACAGAACAAUACAGACCUGAUCAACUGACACACCAUCAUAUAUUAUAUAAUAUAAUACAGAAAAUAAUGAAUACACGGAGAUCAAAUUCUGGUUUUACCACCAAGUUUACAUUAUAUAACAGUGCACUGUGAAAAGUUAAAAGUUGGAUCAACUUAAAAAAUUACUUUACAAAAGUUGUUAAGCUUAAAACAUUUUUACUAAAGUGGAACAAAAGUAAAUUUUUAAGUUGGAAAAAAACCUAAAAAUGUUUAGAUGUUAAUUUUUUAAGUUUUCACUUUUUACAGUGUGGUUAUGAACUGAUCUGAUGGAAAAAUUAUUGAAAUGCAUAAAAAAGAGAGAUCAAAUUUCAUUUGCUAACAUUUGCACAAUAAACAACUUUGGCAUUGUGUUGUACUGACACAUAAAUGGACAACUUAAUCUUGACGCAAAAACAUUUAUGAACCAUUAUACUGACAAUAAGAUUAUUAUUUAGACUUUUUUAAUGACUUGAACUUUUAAAAUAUUGCCUUUGGAAGGGUAGAUUAUUUGCUGAAUUGAAUGCUAACUUAAAUCAAUGUGUGUGUAUAUUUUGAUCAAUGUAAUAAACAUUAUUAAAAGUA